AACAAUUCUUCUUUUAUAUAAUCUUCUCAAAUCUACCUUCCUCUCUCGAACUUUAUCUUUCUCUUUAUCGCGUUUUCUAUCUUUUUAUUGAUUCGUACAAUGCCACAGGGAAACUUAGAAACCCUUGUUUCCGCCUGUGCCGGCGGUUCUUGCGAUAACAAAAUCGUCUGCGAGACCUUAGCAACCAACGAAGGCGACCCCGACGAGAAGCUCCACACGCAAGAGGAAUCUGUCGAAGAGCCAAUCCCGCCGGAUUUCCCGCCUGAAUCUUUUUGGGUGUCCAAAGACGCCGAGUUCGACUGGUUCGAUCGCAACGCUUUUUACGAACGGAGAGACUCACAUAAAGGGAACUCUGCUUCCAACUCUACCAAUCUUAAUCCUAAUUUGAACUCCGACUCCAAUUCUCAACGAUUUCCCGUUAGAAAAUCUAAAGCCUUUAUCUUCGGAUUACCGAAACCUCAGAAAUCUUGCUUUAUUGAAGCGAAGAACAGGAAGCAUGCUAAGCCUGGAAAGACUGUAUUGUUUCCUAAACGUCCAGGUUCUGUUAAAUCGGAUCCGCCAGUUGUUGAACCGUCUUCGCCUAAGGUUUCUUGUAUGGGAAGAGUGAGAUCGAGGCGAGACCGGAAUCGCUCACUCAAAAAGAAGUGCCAAAAUCCGGACAACGUCGAAGCAGUUAAAGAGAAAAGAAGAAGAAAAAGAAGCGGUUGGUUUCCAAGUUUGUGUGCUAUUUUCGGGUCAAACGGCAGAGCACGUGAACCGGACACAUUCGAAGUGGAGCCUUCGCCGCCGAGGAACAGCGACAUUAGGUCUCGUUUGCCGCCGGAUGAUGGUGAUGCAAUACAAAUGGAGCCUGAAAUUGUGGAGAAGCAACCGGUAAUUGAGCCGGUCGGUCUAGGUGGAAUGAAGCACUUCGCAUCUGGUAGAAGAUCUGAGCCGUUGAUCUAAGCCGUGUUGGAAAAUAUUUUGUUAGUGGUGGGCCAUAGGGUCAUGCUAAGUUUUGUUUCGU